AUGGCUUCAGAAUCGAAAGAAACUUGGUUUCUGGAUAUUGUCGAGAAAUUGGACGGCUUCUGCAAAAGUGUAGACGAAAAGAUCGAAAAAGAACAGCAACAAAUGAAAGCCUGCAAAAAGAAGACUGAAUUGGAAAUUAAACUUGCACAAGAAAUGAAAUUACACAAUGAGCUGACAGAGCGUCUCGCAGAGUUGGUACGACGCGGCAGUGAGCUAGACCGAGUCUGUGCUACCUUCGAGUCACAUCUCAGCAUCGCAGACAGCGAUAGAAAUAGAUUGGAUAAUGCCAAAGAGACGUACCAGCUUGCUAAGGAGCUGACAGGCAUCCGAUGGGACUUCAGUGCUCCACCCAAUGUGGCUAAAGGAUAUAUAAAAAGUGAAUCCCGCAAGUUGCUCCAGCCUAUAGAGCUGGACAUGUCCGCUGGAGCCGACAGUGGAGCCCUGUGGGCACUACUGCAGAGCACCGCAGCGCCCGGCUGGCCGUUCCAGGGAGACAAGGAGAACAGACCUUGUAACGACGUUAAAUAA